GUAGGGCGAGGCCUCGCGGGCGGGAAAGAGAGAGAAAGAGAGAGGGCUGCAGGUGUGAGGACGCGGCAGCGUGGCUUCCUGAAGGCCGUCGCUCCUCAUCACCGCACCCCGUUCUCUUAGGCUUUGUGGAGGAGUGGAUGCAGGUGUGGGUGUGCGUGUUCCUACUGUCCCGUCUGUGGCGCCAGGUCCCCAGGAGCGGAGACCACAGUGUAAGGCCUCAGGCCUUCCUGUCUCCAGUUUGCCACGCGGUCCCGUGACUGCCUAUGCGGACAUUUUCUCAGAACGUCACGCCGUGACUUAGGCGACCUAUUCCCUAGCAAAUCCAAGUUGACUUCGUCCCCACUAAAGACAGAGCAACUUCCAUUACUGCUGUGGCCCAGAUUUCCCAGGGAAAGAUAAAAUGAAUAAGAAGAAACAGCGGAACUCAGCUCUGUGUUCUAUCUCCAGUAACACAUAAACCAGGAGUAGUGGACAGCUGUAAUCUCAGUGCUGGGGACCUGGAGGCAGAAGGGUCAGAAGUUCAAGAUCAUCCUCAGCUACAUAGGGGCAGCCUCCAUCCCUCAAAGCCUUCUAAGAACCCACGGCCGAGAGACUCCCAUGGAAGCCCCCAGAGCUCCACGAUGGUCCAUUCACACCACUCCACAGAAUUGGAAGACAGCUCAGAACCUGCUCCUUCUGUAGAGCCAGGUGGGGAGAAACCACAACACGAAGCUUCCAGCUGCCCAGUCGAGGACACAGGAGCUGCUUCUGACAUCCCAGGAUCACCAAAAGAGCUGGUCCCCCUUCCUCUUUCCCAGAACUCAGCUGGGAGGUUUGUCCCUCAGUUUGCCAAAGCAAGGAAGACAAUAAUUAGAAAAGCCAAGGCAUGGGAAGAGGAUCCAGACAGCUACACCACAAGCCAGGAAACAAGGCCAGAGCUGGGUGCCUUGGAAGCUGGCAGCCAGCCACAGAGAGAGUCCCUGAGGUUCCCUCCUCAUGAUGCCAGAAGACCAGAAGACCAGACACAGCCGGAGAGUACCAUCUCACUAGAUAAUGGAAGCCUGGGGAACAGUGGUUUUGAGAUGGCCACAGUUCAAGACAGUAGUAGCCAGGAAAGACCCCAGUCAGAUACUGCUGCUGAAGACAGGGAGGCAGAUCACAGAGCCCCACAGGAAAGAGGUGCCCAAGGAAGGGAAGCAGGGGCCCAGCAUUCUGUGGAACCCCAGGGAGGAGAGGACACCCUCUACACUUCAGCAUUAGUCCCUGCCUCAGACCCCACCAUACCAUGCCUAGAGAUCUGGUCUGUGGCUCAAGACCACUCUGACCCCACACAUAUUUUCAGCAGCAUAGCUGCAGCACCCAGCUCCAACAGCCCAGCAGAUGCCUCUCUUAUGGACAGUGUCAUUACAGAAGAGAGCUUAGCUCCCUCUGUGCUGCAACAGAGUGCUCCAGAGGUGGCCGGGCUACUGGGCUCUCCGCAUGGGCAGAUCCCUGAUGGAGGCUGCAGUGGGGCUCUGCUGAGCUACACAUCUCUUGCUGAGGAGACCACAGCAGGCAGAGAGGAGGUCACAUGGAACACGAGGUCUCCUGGUGACACCCUGGUAAGCUUCACUGAGGCUGCAGUACCUGUCAAACAAGAGCCUAUGGUGGAAGCUGGAGAUUCGGGCCAUAUAGCCCAGGACAUGGGUCCAGUGGUCCAGACCAAGGACUCUGGCUCUGAUGGACAGUUACCAGGAAGUAUAGGAAUGCCCCCUCUACCAGCACAUCCCAUGAAUCAAGAGGUGCUAGAGUUAAGGGGCCUAGCUUGCGAUCAAGACUUAGAGGGCCUCAGUCUGUACCCUCAUAAAUCCUCUCAGCUAGAGCACAUUUAUGCAGCUAGUGACCCUCCCCAGAGCACCAAGGACUGUCACAGCAGCCCAGGCAUUCCUGUCCACCUAGCAGGGCAGCAGCAGCAGCCAGCUCCCAGUCCCAGAGAUCAGGCCGUAUGGCAGGAGUCCUCAGCAAUGGAACUAGACUUCCUGCCUGACAGCCAGAUACAAGAUGCCCUGGAUGCCACCAGCAUAGAGCAGGGUUUUCCUUCAGGGAAUAUUCCUGAUCUUGGCUGGCCUGUCCCUAGCUCACAUGCCACUGGAGGAUCCCCAAAGGAGGUGGCCAAAGCUCAGCCCAGAUCCCAUGUGGGAACCUGGGCCCAGGACACUUACAGGAUGCAGGAUGCAACAGACACAGUGCGAGGCCUCGUGGUGGAGCUUUCCAGUCUCAACCGGCUGAUUAUGAGUACCCACCGGGACCUGGAGGCCUUCAAGCGCAGGAAGACCAAGUCUCUGCCUUACCUGAAAAAGGGCUUUGGGAGCCUUCCUAGAGGGGAUCAGAGCUGGAGGGACUUGUAAACUGCUGCAGCCUGUGGGGGUCAGCUUACCAUGGCUCCAUCAUGGCUCCAUAUGCAGGCAGCUGAGGGUGGCCACUUGGCCAGGGUCAGUAUUAUUACCAUGCAACAGAGUGUCUGAGCCUUAAGAAGUCAUCUGACAGCAUGGCCCACCCCAGAUGCUCAUCCAGGUUUGAGCAUCCAGGCUCCUGAGCUGAGCUGUAGUCGUCUCUGAGUUUGUUUCUGGAGGGGAGAGGUGCCCUCUGUUCACCUGCCUAUCCUUCCCCCAUGCUUUCUGUUACUCUUGGGAAGACAGAGAAUAAAUGAUGCAGUCAUGAGCCCCUGA